UUUGAAAAUGUCAUCAUCGAUGAAGCAGGUCAUGCAUCGGAGCCCGAACUUCUCACCGCCAUCGUCAGCGUAUUAGAGCCAAAAAAAGGGCGUCUGGUUCUGGCCGGCGACGCCCGACAGCUGGGACCGCUGGUGCAAGCCAAGGAAUCGAGAGCUUUGGAAGUCAGUAUGCUCGAGCGUCUGUGCUUACCUCCGGCGCCGUACACUGAGACUCCGUAUAGCGUUCGCGCGGACGGUACGUUUGAGCCAAGUAAAGUGUGCAUGCUCACGAAAAAUUAUCGCUCGCACGCGUGCAUCAUCGAAAUUCCGUCGAAGUUAUUCUACUUUGACAGGCUGGAAUGUUGCGCCGAUCCCAUGCGGACGAACAUUUUCAAGGGAUGGGAAGAGCUUCCGAAUCCAUCGUUUCCAGUCGUUUUCGACGGUGUCAUGGGCGAAGAACUCCGAGAGGCGAAUUCGCCAUCUUGGUUUAAUCCCGACGAGAUACUUCGAGUGAGCUCGUGGAUCACGAAAAUUUUGGACCGAAAGAACACGGGUUUGACAGCCAAAGACAUCGCCAUCUGUACACCGUAUCACAAGCAAAAACUGAAGAUGAUGAAACACCUCGAAGCGAAAAAGAUUUCUGGAGUCACCGUGGGUUCGACUGAACUCUUGCAAGGACAAGAGUUUAGCGUAGUCAUCUUAUCAACCGUUCGCAGCGACACUGCCCAUUUGAAGUUUGACGCUCGCCAUCGCCUCGGUUUCAUGGCGAAUCCAAAGCGAUUCAACGUUGCCGUGACGCGCGCAAUGUCACUCUUGAUCAUCGUGGGUAAUCCUCACAUCUUGAGCCACGACGUGCACUGGAGGAGUCUCAUCGAUUACUGCCGGUUGAAUGACUCGUAUACUGGAUGCGAU